AUGCUAGGCAACUCAUAUUAUAGUUUAGAACAUAUUGAGAGGAUCUUGUGUGAUCGUACAUGGCAGAGACAAACGUUGAUGGCAUACUUGACAUUGGCCGCCGUGGCAGCCGCUGCACAGUCUUCUGUGUUCGCCAAGUUAGGGGAGCCAGAGCUGCAGUGGAUGAAGGUUUGCAAUAUGUAUGCAAAGUUUUGUAACCAAGUAGGGGAGGGAAUAGCAAGUGCACUAAUUGUUAGCCUUAGCAUGGGGGUCCUUUCUGGUGUAUCAGCUUUUAGUCUCUUCCGCUUGUAUGGGAACACUAAAGGUAAGAAAAGUGCAAGACGGGAGAUUAGGUCACUACCAAGUUCAACUGAAGCACCCAUCUUCAAAGUCUCUUAAGCAUGAGGAUGUGUUUAACUUGGUGGACAAUAUAUGAAAACAAAGCUGGUUCUUAACUUUUUUGUACAAUAAAAGAAAUUUGAGGUUGUGGAGUUUAUCUACUACAGCUUGUGUCUAGUUCAAUCCCUCUGUUGGUGCAUCUGAACCAGCACAGCAAUUUGAUUUUCUGAUGAUUUCAGAACGAAACAUCAUUGUUAGAUCACAAGCUUAGCAAUGACUAGCAAACUGGGGUUAAUAUGCUAGCCACAUGAAUAGUGUUAUUGUGAAAGUUUUUCCCUUGUAAGUUAACCAAGAACGGUGUAGAAAAAUUGAAACAUGCCUCCCUGUUUGUUUUGUAUAAUACCUGAUGCUAGUUCUCGGUUGAACCUCGGGUUCUCCAUCAUAGAUUGUAACAGAAAAGAUCUGCACC